AUGCCAAAAGUUCACGCUCAGCCUCCCGGACUGCUUCAGGCUAGGAAGACGACAGUCGCUCAUGUAGCAGCAGCAGCAGCAGCAGUGGCAGGCGUAGGGGGUAAACGGUAUAAAGCGGGGGGCAACGCUGUCCAUGACGAGGUGGUCAAUGUCCAAGUUCCCACCACUGGCGUCUGGACAGUUGUGUCCAACCUUUUGCAAGCUCUGGGUGAAGCCCGGGACGACUUGCUGUCUCUGAUGUCCAGCGACAGCUUCCGCGGCCUUCGAAGCUCAACAGUCGAACCAUCCUCGAAACCGUGGAAGCCCAGGUACAAGGACAAAGAUAGCCACCGAAGUAGUUCCCCAGCAGCACCUCGCUCGAAUUCUCAUCCUGUGGAGUCCUCGAGGAAUCACUACACCACCAAAGCUUCUGCUGCUGAUCCGAACCAGAAUCAGAGGGAAACUGUUGCUGGCGGUGCAAUUGAAUAUUGUGCACCUGUGGCUUUUGGCAUGAAUCUGGACUUCGAACGCGUGCACCGAGGCAGAAGCUCACCUGCAGCUGGCUCGACUCUAGAGUAUAAUCAUCACCAGCUGCUCCCUCGAGAAUCUGACUAUGAACCACCGCUACCAUCUCGGCCUACUACUGCUACUCCUCGCUCAGCGGCAUCAGCAGCAUUGAAAGCCCUGAGCAAGGCAUCGAUUUCGGAUUGUGUGGGUCCAUACCCAGAGGGCAAACGUGUCUGCAAAGCGGCUCGCUAUGCAGAUCUUUUGCGAGCAGAGGCAAAUCAGCUUCGAGAGAGGCGGCUGGCUGAAGAACCCAUAUCUCGUCUAAGCAAGCCGUCAUGGCUCUGA